AUGGGAUUCCUUGGACAGAAAAGAUCUUCUAUUUGGUUCAGCAAUAAGAGUAAGGGGUCUUCAAUAUCUUUUACUGUGCCUUCACUUGAUCUUAAGAUUGGGGGGUUGAAUUUUUGCGUUGUUUAUACACUUCCUGACUAUGACGGAGGUUGGGCUUUUGAUGAAAACUAUCUUGGAAUCAGUAAUGAAACCAAAGGUCUGAAUUGGACCUAUGCUCCAAUGUUCUUUGGCAUGCCAGAAGUCAACAAACACAUGAUAUGGUUGAGCCAUUGGAAGUUUGGAAAUCAGUUGGAAGGUGGCGAUCAAGUGAAUGUUUCGUUUGAUAUGAAUGCUUAUUUCCAAGUAAAGGAGUGUGGGGUCCACCUUGUGUACGAUCAAGAAGAAAAGGUCAUCACCGAAUCAAGCGUUGAGGAAGUAGUCCAAAUCUGUACCUAUCCCUGUUAUCAGAAUGUCAUUGAUGGAGAUUUGUCAGCAUAUCGGACAAGUGGGGGCUUAUUCCUUCUAUGCCACUAUGAUUGCAUGAUGCGUCGACGAUGCUCAAUUGAUGGAUGUGAUAUAGAUGAAUACGAGACUACAGAUGAAGAAGUAGAAGAUGAUGAUGAAGAAUAGCAUAGGGUGAACUGAUGGUGGUUGUGGCAUGAAAAUUAACAUUCUCAGAUCAAAUUAAUUCGUCUCAAAUCCAUUAUAAUCAAAAUGUUGUUACUGAUAAAGCAUUAUUCUUGUGGUAAUGUGUUUUUUAUGCAGUUUAUGGGGUUAUUUGGUUGGAGUGUAAUGCUAGGAUCUUUGAGGAUUUGUAUGAAGAGGUGGGCUCUUUAUGGGAUAAAUAAAGUCUGUUACUUGGCAUCUUUUUGGGUUUCAGCCUCCACUUCCUUUAUUCGAAUUCCACUUUUAUUUUUA